AUGAGCAGCGACGACGAGAUUCAUCCUGGAGACAUCGUUGCGGUCAACCAUGGCAUGUACGGACGUAAGGAAGGCCUCGUCAUUGGUUCUAGCAUCGACUACGCCGGUCGACAAGUGGUAGAGGUACAAUUUGAGCCGGGUGAAGUGUACAAGACGUGGUACCCGAAUGUGCGACGAGUGCGGCGGACAAUUUCGUAUAGCAAUCCGGCGAAACACCGUACGGUCGAGAGGACAAUUUACUGGUGA